UUCGCCCCGCCCCCGCGUGGGCGGGGCGUAAUUAAUGCAGCAUCAGUUGACGUCCUUAACCCCUGCGCCGUCCUGCCUCGUCAACUUUCACUUUAUGACGAUGACGCUCACGUGGCCUGGGCGUGCUUUAUAUACAGGUUUUGACAUCUUUUAGAAUGGGUCAGGGUGACUCCCAACCACCUGCUGAAUUUUUUAUGGACCUGGAGCCUUUCCCGGACGACAUCCUCUUCUCCAUCCUCAGCUUUGUACCGACACAAGACCUGGUCCUCCGCUGUAGACGCGUGAGCCGGCGCUGGAAAUGUCUGGUCGACUCUGCCUCCCUGUGGAGGAUGAAGUGUGAACGAGAACGUAUGCGCGACACUCUCUUAGCUGCCGAGAUGUGUGGCAGUAUGCCCUGGCAGAGAGUUACCAUAAAGAAGCCGUUUGCGCGGAACCUGCUGCGUAAUCCGUGUGGCAUGGAUGGACUUAAUCACUGGAGCUUUAGACAUGGAGGGAAUGGCUGGAGGGUGGAGGAUAAUCAUUCCAUUAUAGAAGGUGCCAAGAACCAGAUCUGCUUCGUCACCUCAUUCUCUUGGUGUGAGAAGAGCCAGUUCGUAGACCUGUUAAGGGAAGGACUGUGGGAGCAUUUCUUGGACGUCCACCAACCGGUCAUUUGCAUCUCUGAUUGGUACGCCGGACGACAAGACUGCGGCUGUGUCUAUCGAAUAACAGUUCAACUUUUGGCUGCCGAUAGUGAAACUGUACUCCAGGAGUUUACUAUGGCCCCUGAUCCCAUCCCCCAAUGGAAUGACACACAAUAUCACCAGGUCACUCAUGAAUUCCGCCACUAUGGCCCCGGAGUCCGAUACGUAAAGUUCACUCACAGAGGUAAAGAUACGCAGUUCUGGAAAGGAUGGUACGGCGCUCGGAUCACGAACUCCUCCGUCAUUGUGAAGUGUGACAACCUGGAGCCAUGUAGAUGAGACCCCUUAGAUACAAACAAGUCUGUUCUAUGUGAAAUAGGUCAGUGGUGUCCAAACUGUGGCCCUCCAGAU